AUGCCAGGAGCAACAGACGUUCGUAGAUCGGUGCUCAUUACGGGAUGUUCCCCCGGUGGCAUCGGAAACUCGCUCGCACGCGAGUUCAACCGCAAUGGACUGCGGGUACUAGCUACUGCGCGCGAUGCUGCGACAAUCUCUGACCUUGCAGAUCUCGGCAUUGAAACCCUGAGUCUUACAGUGGACGAUCCGGAGAACGUGAAAGCGUGCUUUGCGGAUGUGGAAAAGAGACUCGGGGACAAGGGUCUUGAUUAUCUCGUGAACAAUGCUGGCCGGAAUUACACCGUUCCGGCCAUGGAGGUCGAGCUCUCCGAGGUCCGUCAGACCUUCGAGACCAACCUUUUCGCUGUUAUCACGAUGUGCCAGACCUUCCUGCCCUUGCUGAUCAAAGCAAAAGGCACGAUUGUCCAGCUUGGUUCAGUGGCCGGAAUCAUCCCUUACGUCUUCGGGUCUGUCUACAAUGCGUCCAAAGCAGCACUGCACUCCUUCAGUGACACUCUACGCGUGGAGCUGGCUCCAUUUGGCGUCCAUGUCACUACGAUCGUCACCGGCGGUGUUCAGUCGCGCAUCGCGCGCACUGACCGUACCCUCAAGCCUGGUUCCUUGUAUACUCCGAUUGAAGAGGAGUAUCUGACUCGUUGUGGUUUCGCAGGUGCUGUAUGGUUCGGCACCCUGGCGGUGGCUAUGGCCAUGGGCUCGAGGUCACCAGUCGUGGAUUUGGGAGGGACGUGCCAGUUGGGUGAUUUGGCUGUUGUCGGGGGGCUGGGCAUGGUCGGGAUUGUUUGGUCGGGUCAUGACUAA